AAGGCUGGGUUUGAUUCUCCUUGUGAUCGUACUACGCUUUCCCCCGCCCGUUUUGGCUUAAUAAGUACCCCAUUUAGCUCAGAGGCAAAUCGUGAUCCGGGAUCAAAGCAAGAGAAGGUCAACACAACAGAUGAGAUCGAGUUGGAUCACCCCGACAUCAAUUCCAACGCGGGCACACCUGUUCGAGUCCCUUCCAGUUCUGCAGGUCUUGUAGACUCAUGUUUAACUUGCGAUCAUGCGGAUGAUGAGGAAUUAGAAUUACCUGAAAUCAGUGGCGUUCGCAGCGCUGGAAUUCAUCACACAAGUAGACUAUCUUCAUCUCCUCUCUCCUGUUUAUCUGCCUCUGUCGCUUCCAGUCUGCAUCAGUCACAAUCAGCCAGUCGUCUGUCAGGUGACUCAAAAAAUACCAGUGCAAUGACUGAUAGCAGUGGCGCAGCUGCUUUAGAAAUCCUUUCCAUGACCGGCCAAUCGUUGACAGUGGCCACCAGUCGCUAG